CUGCGCCGGGUAUUUAUCACAAGAGUCGUGACGGUGCCGUUUACACUGGUAGUCAGCCUUCGGUGAUGCUUCCUGGUGUUCUCGCCUUUCGUUUUUAAAGACCGUGGCCUUUUGGGGUUCGCGAAGUAAUACUUGUGGCUCGCCAUUACCAAUAAUUUUGUAUAUUUAGGUUAAUUUUAUAAAUCGCAAGGAAGAAUGUCGACGACUACACCUCCCGAAUACUCUUCGUUCUUCGCAGUGAUGGGUGCUUCUUCGGCGAUGGUUUUCAGCGCCUUAGGAGCAGCCUAUGGCACAGCCAAGAGCGGUACAGGGAUCGCUGCCAUGUCUGUGAUGAGGCCAGAGCUCAUCAUGAAGUCAAUCAUCCCUGUGGUUAUGGCGGGUAUCAUAGCCAUCUAUGGCCUGGUAGUAGCAGUGUUGAUUGCCAACAACAUUUCAGACAGUGUCACACUCUACAAGAGUUUCCUCCAUCUGGGAGCUGGGCUGAGUGUGGGCCUGAGUGGGCUGGCAGCAGGCUUUGCUAUUGGUAUUGUGGGUGAUGCAGGAGUGAGGGGCACAGCUCAACAGCCUCGGCUUUUUGUGGGCAUGAUCCUCAUCCUGAUUUUUGCUGAGGUCUUGGGUCUUUACGGGCUCAUUGUUGCCCUCAUUCUCUCCACGAAAUAAACGCCCCAAGCAUCUGUCCUCUCUGUUGCUGCUGGAGAAAGUGUAAAACAGGAAAAAAAAUAUUGUACAUGUUUUGCCAGACAAGAUGAAAUAAGUAAAAGCGGGGAACAAAUAAUUAAAUUGGCUUCGUAAAUAUGGUCUUAUCUCAACAAUGUGUACAGUCGUCCCAAUUUGAUAGUCAACCUGUAAAUGCGCAAUGUAGUGAUUCGUCUGUCUCGUGUGUGUGCGUUUCAAAACAACUAUGAUGAAAAUUCCUUUUCCUCACCACUUAUUUCAGGCCUUGAGGCUGGCCGAGACAGCUUGGCCUCUGGUCAUCGACCAAAGGGCCCCACUGCUUUUUCUCCUCCAAUAUCAACUUGGGGUUGACACAAUUUCUGCAUUUAAUAUUAAGAAUCUAUUUGUAAAGAGAAGUGUAUGGACUUAAGAUUCUUCCACUGAUUUUAUUUAUAAAAAAAAAGCUCAUUGAACUGUUCUAUACAAUAAAUUCUUUAAUAUUCCAGGAUAUAUUAUACAUAUAUACAGAAAUAUAAAUAUCUAAAUAGAUAGAUUUAAUGCAUUCUGGGUUAAUUGUGAUAAGUGGUUGGAAUUCCUCUGGAUGUAGUUCCUGGUUUAAACAUUGAUUGCCUUUAGUAUGUUGCUGGUGGAGUGGGAGUUUUGUGUGUAGCUGUAUUCUAAUCAUAACGCAAACAUUCUCAAACUUCAGUGUUUUUCCUGUUGUACUGUUGUUUGCAUUAAAGAUGUGUGUGUGUGCCCCACGUUGGGUCUCACAAGUGUAAUUUUCAAA